GCAGGGAAGGGAAGGGCAAGGCAGGGCGUUCCGGCCGGCCGGCCGGGCUGUGGAGCCAUGGACAAGCUGAAGCGGGUGCUGAGCGGCCGCGACGCGGAGGAGCCGAGCGGCCUGGCCGAGGUUAUCGACGCGACUUCGUUAGGUUGGGGCACCCGAGUGAAAGGUUUCAUUGCGUGUUUUGCCAUCGGAUGCCUGUGCUCGAUCUUGGGUAGUUGUCUGCUAUGGAUACCAAAGAAAGGGCUGGUGCUCUUUGCAGUGUUUUAUACCCUGGGGAAUAUUGCAUCUAUUGGGAGCACUAUGUUUCUUAUGGGACCAAUGAAACAACUGAAGCGGAUGUUUGAGCCUACUCGUUUGAUCGCUACUAUUGUUAUGCUGUUGUGCCUCAUACUAACACUGUGUUCUGCUUUCUGGUGGCGCAAGGCAGGACUUGCACUGCUUUUCUGUAUCUUACAGUUUUUUGCAAUGGCAUGGUACAGCAUAUCCUUCAUACCAUAUGCAAGGGAUGCUGUGAAGAAAUGUGUUUCAGUCUGCCUGUCCUAACAGGAAUACUGGAUGCCUCACAAAGUUCUAGGAAGUUCUAGAUGGAACUGUGUUGAGAUCACUGUGUUGUGUAGUUUCCUACUUCUGUUUUGAACACGUGCCUUUCAGCUGCUUGUUAGGAGCUCCUUGUGUUACACCCAGCGUCUGCAGUUGCUUGGGUUUGUAAGCAGUGGUGUCUGUGGGACAGGGGGCUUGUGAUCAAAUGAAAUUCAGCCUGACAGAAGAACUGGGCAGAGGUCCACAAUUUGUUAUGGUGGUUCUUGCAUAAAUUCAUGCAUUUGGUUUUGCAGAAUUUCCAAAGUAAUGUGUGAAGUCUGUAAAGUGAAGAGCUUACUGUGCCAGUUCUAGAGUUGAAAACUGAUUUCUUACCAGCCACUUGGGAGAUUUUUGAAUAGCUUUAUGUCACUUAAUCGUUGCACUGUUUGCCUUGGGUAAUGGAAUUAUUGGUAUUCUUUCUUUUCCUGCCUCUCUUGCAAAAUUUUAGGUUUAUGAGACAUCUGAAAGAUGUAAUUCUAAAAGCAAACAUAGUUGUGGACUAACCAUGAAAUGUUUGCAUCUUCAAUGAAGUAUUUAAUUCUCAGUCUAUACUGAUAGUCUUCCCUUAAAUUACAUGAAAGGGACAUUUUCAUCUCAAAAAACUUGUUCCUGUUGGAAAAGCACUUGUAAAAUAAGGUCCAUUGGUGUUUUCAGCUACCAGGAACCUGAGAACUUUUCCUUGCUCAGGACUGCAAGGUAGGAAGCUGACAUUUUUCACAGAAAGUGAGAUGCUUCUCUUGUCCUCCAGCUGUAGCAUAAGAGCAAUGCAAAGGGCAUGGUAGGCAAACAAAAAAAGAAUUUAUGUAUGUCCUUUCUCAAAAGACAAACUGUCAUAAGGUAAGAGUGGGCUGUUGUUUUUAAGCAGCCUGGGUCAGGGAGAAGAUGUUUUCCUCUGAACUAAGUUAAAUUCCAACAUUUCUAUUUGUUUCUUUGUAAGUGGAAUCAGUUUUCUUUCUGCUAAAACUCUUGCACACACCAGUGAACUUCUCUGCAUAGAGGAGAAAGCACAAUGUUUUAUUGCCUGUGGUAGCAAGGAAAGUGUGAAACAGUCCUCUUUCCAGCUCCAAACAAGUGCUGAGCAGUCUGUUUCCAAAUUCCAGGGCUACUCUGCACUCUCUUUAUCUUCUGUGCUACGGAUAAUCAUUCACUCCCACAGCAUUGCAGUGGUCAGUUUAAUAUCUGAGCAGAUUCUCUGCUGUGUGAGAUAGUGUUUAACUGCUUUCCCCUUUCUUUUUACCAAACUCUCUUGCUGGAACCAUUGUUCAAGAUGAUGGUUUCCCAGUGUACUCUAGUGAGAACUGAAGCAUCUUUUCCUCCAUCUACCAAGAGUUUAGUUGUUUAAGAGCAUUGUGUUUGCAUGGCAAGUGUAUCCCUGGCUUGAACCACAAAGAUUUUAAUGUAGGAAAAACCUAGAUCUACUUGGCUGUAAAGUCACAGUGAAGGCAAAUAGCUCUAUGGCUUCCAGAAAGCUACUAAGAAAUUAAUUAAUCCAAAAUCUUAAAUUCACAUGUCCUUCUGAUAAUUUAUAAAGCUCAGUACCACCUACCUGUAAGGAUCCUCUAAAAAAAAAAUAUUAAAGAUCCCCUUUUGCAGAUGGUAUGAAAGGGAGAUUUUGACAAGCGUUACUUGCCAGAAUUACUGUUGCAAAAGAAUUUAAAUGAAAAAUGCCCCCUUGGAAAGAUGGCAGUGAUGUUGGGAUGAAUCAGUUACGCAGAUUCAAGUGCUAUGUCCUGGCGCAUUUUUUAUCUCCCAGGAUUUAGAUGUUAGUGUUGAAAUAAAUGUAUUGACUAUUACUCUUCUUGAAAAGACUUGAUUAAAUGCUCAAGAGAGACUGGGAAUUAAAGAAGACUGAACCUUGUUUUCCCUGGCUGAUCUAAGACAAGUGUCUAAACUGAUGUGUGUCUUUCUUUUAUCCAGGAGCAAGUUCAAAACCUAAUUUACAUCUGUCAAAGGAUCUAUGCCAGUCUUUUUGUAGGCCUUUCAUAAUGUUUACAGAAUUCCUUUGUAUAAGGGAAAUUGAAAUGCAACCCUAAUGCCUUUUACAUUCCAAUAUUCCUUUAAUUUCAGCAUCUCUGAAUUUCCCUGGAAAAAACAACAAGCACAGUAUCCAUUGUUUUUCCUUCCCCUCUCCAGCUCAGUUAUGUUAACUCCGAUCAUCAUUCCAGGUUGUGCAGCAACAGGAGCAGAAUUUGACUUUUGGGAUUCUUUUUUUGAUUACUUCAGAUUAGGAGUAAGGAGUAAAAGCCUUUUGCUUAUUCCUUGGCUAGCUUGGGCAGGGUUCUGGUAGCCUGACUCCCUGGCAGUUCUUUCGGAAGAACAGUACAGUUGGGUAUGGUGAAUGUUAGUUUUCCAAUGUGCAGAGUAGCUAACUAGAACCUUUUUGUUGGCUCUUGUAACAACAAUAGCCAAUUUGAAGUAGGAAAUCUAUGAAAAUACCAGUAGAUAGCACAUGAAUGGAUUUUUGUUCUUUCCCCCUUUCCUCUCAGUUUAAAACUGUAAUUCCAGCUUCACAGCCUUUUAUUCAGGAAGAGAAAAGAACAAAUCUUCAUUUGGCUGCACAGCACAUGAGGCUAAGCAAUUGUGCCCUUAGAGGAAGGGAAGCCAAGGGGAGAUGGCAAGGACUUAAGGAUCACAAGAGUGCCACUGGGGUUUGUGUUGCCCUUUGGUGUUGUAUUCUUGUUGUGUUCCUGGGGACAUGAGACAGGAGGAGAGACUUGCCAUAUUCUUGCCAAUAAGUGAAACCUACUCAGGGUUUGUCGCUUCACCUACAGCAGUUUUGAUUUAAAAUAACUCUCAAAGAACAAAACUCUUUAGACUCUUACUCACUUUUAAGUAGUAGUAGUGAGGCUGUUGACAAGUUUAACAGCAGAAGAAAUUACUACGUCACUGAAGUACUUUAUUUUAUAUGAUUUUUACAUAACUGGGGAAUAAACUGUACGAAUAUUCCCUUUGAGUAGUUUUCAAUUUGAAUUAGAUGAUACCAUUAUACAGUUUUUUCUGGUCAUUAAACCUACUUUGUGUUACAUUUUGCUGUCAUCAGCUUUGGUUAUCUGCUUAGCAUGAAGCACAGUGGGUAUUCCUGAAGCUUUCCAUCUCACUGUCUUUGAGGGCAGGAAUGUUGGUUGUGUGUGCUCUACUGCAAAUAGAGUUUGUGGUUUGAAUUGCAAAGCUCCUUCCUUCCCAAAGUCCUUGCUCAGUUGCCUACUGCACUUAACUCAAGGCUGACUUCCCUAAGGAAACUUCUUUGAUGUUGGAUGCUCAUCCCAGUAGGAUUUGGUGUUCUAACAGAAAGUGCUUUUUGCUCAGCCUGUUGACUGAUUUGUCCACUUUUUUUCACUUUUUGCUGUACAGAUAAUGUAUCCUCAACCAAGCAGCCUUAGCAUACAGUUCUAGCAGGAAAUUUGUAUAUCCUGGAUCAGCUGACUUUCCAGCUAUAUUAGAAAGAGAAAUGGAGAGAAAUAAUGAGACUCUAUACAUUGAAAUAUGGGAUUUUUUUCACUACUUCAAGGUUUUGCUCUGUUUUAUGAUGAGGUCUGUUAUUAAUACUGGUACUAUCUGAAAUGGCUCUACACUAAUGACGUGAACAACUUCUUCUCAUUUAGUAUUUAUAGUAAUAACAUUGUUCAUGGGUUGUUACAAAAACCAAGGAAGAAUUUUCUGCCAGAAGUUGAAAUUCUUUUCAGAAACCAUGUUUUUGAAAGGAAAGUGUGUUGGGCUCUGUGUGUGCCUCUGACUUCCUGAGAACAGCUCUUGCUUCAUUUUGGCACUUAAAAAUGUUCAAGAAAUUGAGAUCACUGUGCUAUUGUAAACUGGGGAAGAGGAGGAUGUUUAAACACAUUUGUCUUAAAUACUGAUGUUUACAACCAUAGCAAAUACUGACCAUUUUGGAGGGAAAGCACACAAAUGGUUUAUUGUCUUAAAACCACGUGCCUCACUAUAAUGUUACCACUAAAUUUUUUUACCAGCUGUGGAAUUGUUUUGUAAAAUAAAAACCAAACUCAGAAAUUCUCUGCAAUGUUUUAUACUGUUACUGAUUCUGUUUGCUGAUGUGCUUUUUCUGUGUAUUUACACUGUUUGAUUUCGACUUUGAUAAACAUCUCUUUUUCUGACUUAAAACUUUCUCUGUAAUGAAGUGAAACCCUUACAAGUGCUUUUUAUUUCCUUCAAUAAAGUUAUCCUUGCAUUAAAUGAAUUGUUCUUACA